GUUGUCUGUGUAGCAGCAAAGCCAAAAAAACAACACUGCUCCUCCAAAGACCUUUUCCAUCCUCUCUCUCUCUCUCUCUCUCUCUCUCUCUCUCUCUCUCUCUCAAAUUCAUUCCUAGCUGUACCCACAUCUCUCCCCACGGCCCUUUUCUUUUGUUUAUUCACAUCUCUCCUCCGUCCUCGACUCCUCGCUCUCAUCUGGUCCGGCGGCGAGCUCUAUAUGAUAGACAUCUAUCCCAGUGAUCUACCUUCCACCGGCCUCCGAGCUUGCUUAUAUAGAGAUGCCCCAAUUCCAUUGGCCCAUUCCCAUCGCCGGACCACCAGGCCUGUGAAUUGUGAUCGCAAGAAAGAAGACGGAGAGAGGGGAGGGGAUCCGUCGAUUCUUUGAUUUCUUGAUUUGAUUGGGGUGGCAUUUUGUUACCGAAGCUAAGUGAAGGACGGCGGUGUAGCAGUGCGGCGGCACCAUGUUGAGUUCCUGCGCGCCGACGGCCCUGCCGCCUCCGGAGGCGGGGGCCGCGCCGCCGGAGCCGUUCCGGUCGCUGCAGAUGGCCACGACCAGCGCCGCCGCCGGCGCCAAGAAGAAGCGGCGGCCCGCCGGCACUCCUGACCCCGACGCGGAGGUGGUGUCGCUGUCGCCGCGGACGCUGCUGGAGUCGGACCGGUACGUGUGCGAGAUCUGCGGGCAGGGGUUCCAGCGCGACCAGAACAUGCAGAUGCACCGGCGGCGGCACAAGGUGCCGUGGAAGCUGCUGAAGCGGGAGGCCGGGGAGGCGGCGCGGAAGCGCGUGUUCGUGUGCCCGGAGCCGAGCUGCCUCCACCACGACCCCUCCCACGCCCUCGGCGACCUCGUCGGCAUCAAGAAGCACUUCCGCCGCAAGCACAGCGGCCACCGCCAGUGGGCCUGCGCCCGCUGCUCCAAGGCCUACGCCGUCCACUCCGACUACAAGGCCCACCUCAAGACCUGCGGCACCCGCGGCCACACCUGCGACUGCGGCCGCGUCUUCUCCCGGGUGGAGAGCUUUAUCGAGCACCAGGACACGUGCAACGCCGGCCGGCAGCGGGCCGAGACGUCGUCCUCGCCGGCAAGCGGCGGCGGCGGUGCCGCCGGGUUCGGCGUGGCGGCGGCCUCCACGUCGCGCCAGCAGCGGCGCCAGAUGCAUGCCACGGCGGCGGCGGCGCUGUCGCGGACGGCGUCCAGCGCCAGCCCCUCCAGCUGCGGCGGCGGCGGCGACCUCGGGGGGAGCCCGGUCGCCUGGCCGCCUGGCGCGGCGAUGGCGAGCCCCACGGCGGCGGCGUUCCACCGGUUCGACCCGGCGCUGUCGUCGCCCCCGACGCCGCACGACCGUCCCGGCGCCCACAGCCUGGAGCUGCAGCUCAUGCCGCCGCGCGGGAGCUGCGGCGCUCCUGCUGCAGCCGUCGGGUGCUGCGCGGCCCAGCACUCGCCUGCUGUUGCUACGAGCCCCCACCUGGGCGCCGACCCGAUGCGGCUGCAGCUGUCGAUCGGGUUCGGCGGCGGCGCGCGCGACGACAGCGAGAUGUCGGCGGCGGCGGCGAGGCUCAAGGACGAGGCCCGGGAGCAGCUGCGGCUGGCGAUGGCGGAGAAGGCCGCCGCGGACGAUGCCCGGGCGCAGGUGCGGCGGCAGGCGGAGCUGGCCGAGCAGGAGCUGGCGAGCGCGCGGCGCGUGCGGCAGCAGGCGCAGGCGGAGCUGGGCCGCGCGCACGCGCUCCGGGACCACGCCGUGCGCCAGGUGGACGCCACGCUGCUGCAGGUCACCUGCUACAGCUGCCGCUGCAAGUUCCGCGCGCGGGCGGCCGGCGCCAUGAGCUCCGAGGUGGCCAGCUACGUCUCCUCCGUCGUCACCGAGGGCGGCGACGCCGAGGUCGACGACCACCACCACCGGCAGCUCAACGCCGAUGACGCGCCGAGCCACGCCCACGCUAGGAUGAUGGACCUCAACUAGCGGCCGGGCAGCUCGUACGUCAUGCCAUGCAAAUUAAGGAUCAUUUCUUUUGUUCUUCUUCUUCUCCUCCUUUUGUUCUUCUUCUUCCCCAGCUCGCCCACUCCUUCUGGCUGUUGUUUUAGCCAUGGAUGAGGCUGUGAUGGAUGUGGUAGCAGGUGCAUGGUGGUGUGAUUAGACGCGGUGAUGGGAUCAGGGCAAGUAGCUGUAGACUCCCAUGGCGGGAGUCUUGCUGCAGGCCGGGCAAGUGAAGCUAAGAGAGAGGUCGUCUAAGCUAAUCGCGACGUGCAUGGAAUCUUUCGCUUGUUUGCUUGCUGUUGGAGUUUCUUACAAUAACACUUGUUCGAUCGAUCAUAGAUCCAGAGGUGUUUAGUUGGUGAAAAAGUUUGAGUUUGGCUAUUGUAGCA